AUGGGAAAGGCGGUCGCCUUCGAGCCAGGCUGUCCUCUGCCACCAGGCAUCCUCUACUGGGCUCACCCUUCAGGACAGCACACGGAUAAGCCACUCAAGAGCCCACGGGGCCCCAGGUGUCUCCACCAGGGCCUCUGGCAUUGCCAGGGUGGCAAGAUUGAGCCAGGGCAGGAGACGCUCCUGGAAAACCUCCACGGUCGUCACGAGGGCACUGGCAGACGAGGAGCUUUGCCCCUGGCCUUUGACUGCCACACAGGGGAUGCCAGCGAGGUGCCGGGCCGGGGUGUCCCCGUGCUGCUCCGUGGUGACACUGACACCAGGGGCAGCUGCGGGGAGGUGGGGCUGCCCCUCCUGAGCUUCCUGCUCAGCGUCCUGGGAUGCAUCGUGGCCACGGUGCUGGGCAACGCGCUCGUCAUGCUCGCCUUCGUAGCCGACUCGAGCCUCCGCACCCAGAACAACUUCUUCCUGCUCAACCUCGCCAUCUCCGACUUCUUCGUGGGCGCCUUCUGCAUCCCUCUGUAUGUCCCCUACGUGCUGACCGGCCGCUGGACCUUCGGCCGUGGCCUCUGCAAACUCUGGCUGGUGGUGGACUAUCUGCUGUGCACCUCGUCUGUCUUCAACAUCGUGCUCAUCAGCUACGACCGCUUCCUGUCCGUCACCCGGGCCGUGUCAUACCGAGCUCAGCAGGGCGACACACGGAGGGCAGUGCGGAAGAUGGUGCUGGUAUGGGUGCUGGCCUUCCUGCUCUACGGCCCGGCCAUCCUGAGCUGGGAGCACCUGUCGGGCGGCAGCUCCAUCCCUGAGGGCCACUGCUACGCCGAGUUCUUCUACAACUGGUACUUCCUCAUCACGGCCUCCACGCUCGAGUUCUUCACGCCCUUCCUCAGCGUGGCCUUCUUCAACCUCAGUAUCUACCUGAACAUCCAGAGGCGUGCUCGCCUCCGCCUGGACCGGGCCCGCGAGCCAGCCGGCCCGGAGCCCCCGCCCGAGGCCCAGCCCUCGCCACCCCCGCCGCCACCUGGUUGCUGGGGCUGCUGGCAGAAGGGGCACGGAGAGGCCAUGCCCCUACACAGGUACGGGGUGGGCGAGACGGCCCCUGGGGCCGAGGCCGGGGAGACAGCCCCCGGGGGCAGCAGUGGUGGGGGUGCCAUGGCCUCGCCCACCUCCAGCUCUGGCAGCUCCUCAAGGGGCACCGACAGGCCGCGCUCACUCAAGAGGGGCUCCAAGCCAUCCGCAUCUUCUGCGUCCCUGGAGAAGCGCAUGAAGAUGGUGUCCCAGAGCAUCACCCAGCGCUUCCGGCUGUCACGGGACAAGAAGGUGGCCAAGUCUCUGGCCAUCAUCGUGAGCAUCUUCGGGCUGUGCUGGGCCCCCUACACCCUGCUGAUGAUCGUCCGUGCUGCCUGCCACGGCCGCUGCGUCUCUGACCACUGGUACGAGACGUCCUUCUGGCUUCUGUGGGCCAACUCGGCCGUCAACCCUGUCCUCUACCCACUGUGCCACUACAGCUUCCGCCGGGCCUUCACCAAGCUGCUGUGCCCCCAGAGACUCAAGGUCCAGCCCCACGGCUCCCUGGAGCAGUGCUGGAAGUGAGCUGCCUCCGGCCCCACUACCACACCCCUCUGGGCCCUCCUUGGGUUCCCGCAUGGCCUGGCCACACUGCCCCUGGCUAGCUCGGCCCCCAGGGAGAGUCUUGCCUUGACCAUGUCCUGCCCCACAUGCCACGACUGCCUCAGCCCUUCUGCUCACUGAGGAGGCAGUGUGACAGGCUGGUCUCAGAGGCCCUCACCCGCUCCGUGGGAAUGAGGGUGGCCCAUGCUGCCACUCGCAGCCAGGCUGCACCCAGGUGGGACCAUGCCCAGUCCCGCCCUGCUGCCCACCCCAUGCAGUGCAGCGGCUGUGCCAUCCACCCUCUGCUCAAUCACAAGUGUGUUCUUCCGAAGCAAAUGCUUGGUGUGCACUCCAUGGCUCCUGCGCGUGCACACACACAUGCGCGCAUACGUACAUGCACACCCACGCGCAUACGCACACACCCACAGAUGUGCACACCC